AUGGCUGCCACUAUUCCUCUGCUUCAGUUCGUCCGCGCCAAAACCAUCCAAACCAACCUCCAAACGAAUAGACUACUCAGACCCACAAAGCAGAGAGAAAAUAUUGGUUUCUCGGUCAUUACAUGCUCUUCCUCUUCAAAUGGAAGAGGACCUCAUUCAGUGGACACUGAUGUGAACAAAUCUGGAUACAUAUCAACAAGGUCCAAGAAUUCCACAGGCAAAAGGAUCAUUACUAGUGUAGUUCAGAAUGAGGCCUUUUUUGUUCCCCUAUAUAAGCUUUACCACACAUAUGGGGGAGUUUUCAGGCUGACCCUUGCACCAAAGUCCUUUUUGAUAGUAUCUGAUCCUGCCAUUGCCAAACAUAUAUUAAGGGAUAAUUCAAAGGCUUAUUCAAAGGGAAUUUUGGCUGAAGUUCUAGACUUUGUCAUGGGUAAAGGACUCAUUCCAGCAGAUUAUGAAACAUGGUGUGUUCGAGAACCUGCUAUAGUCCCUGCAUUGCAUCUGAAGUAUGUAGCAGCUAUGAUUAAACUCUUCAGACAAGCUACAGUGAGGCUUUGCGAAAAGCUUGAUACUGCUGCAUCAAAUGGGGAAGAUGUAGAGAUGGAGUCACUUUUCUCUCAUUUAACACUGGACAUCAUUAAGCAAUGA